GAAAACCAUCUAAAGGAAAAAAGAACUUUCUUCCCCCUUCUCCGAGAAUAACGUGGAGAGGCGAAAACAUCCUUAUAUAUCCCCAUACUCCCUCACGUGUCUCAGUGUACUCCGCACCCUCGGCGCAUUUCGGCGGUGAGAGCGAAAGCUGGCGUUGAAUUCCAUCCCGAGUAUUUAUACCUUCGUAAACCGAGGUCUAAGUCGGUCCAAGGGACAGAGAGCCGGUAAUAUCUAGCAAUUAAAAGCCAAUUGCGAGCCCCAAUUGUCUCUUGAGUGGCUUGUUGUUGUUCUUGAGCUCAGGAAACCCCCACCUCUAAUCCAGUUGAUUGACCAUGUCGACCAUCAAUCGCGGUGUUCGCUCAGCUACCAGAAACCUGCGUUUGCCCGCUCUCCAGGCCCGCGCCCUUCGAGCCCCUCUCAUAUCUGCAUCCCGAGCAAGCUUCGGAGCUUCAACCAGAACUCCCUCCUUCAAACAAUUUUCCACCAUGUCGCCCCUACAAUCCGGUGCUCCCCCGCCACCUCAAGCUCGAGAGUAUGAUCCUGAAAUCAAGGACAUUGCGAGCUACGUUCACAACACACCCAUCACUUCUGAGCUUGCCUUCGACACUGCUCGAUUCGUUUUCCUCGACACCCUUGGCUGCGGUCUCGAAGGUCUGCGAUUCAAGGAAUGCACAAAGCUCCUCGGCCCCAUUGUUGAGGGAACUGUCGUCCCCAACGGCACAAAGGUCCCCGGCACACCUUUCCAACUCGACCCCGUCAAUGGCGCUUUCAACAUCGGUGCUAUGAUUAGAUGGCUCGACUACAACGACUGCUGGCUCGCCGCUGAAUGGGGUCACCCUUCUGAUAACUUAGGUGCGAUCUUGGCUGUCGCUGACUGGGUCUCUCGAACCAACCGUGCAGGUGGAAAGCUUGGAAAUGGAAAGAUCAUCACCGUCAGGGAGGUUUUGGAGGCUAUGAUCCGGGCACACGAGAUCCAGGGUUGUCUGGCACUUCUGAACUCGUACAACAAGGUCGGUUUGGACCAUGUUGUGCUUGUCAAGGUUGCUAGCGCUGCUGUGGUUUCCAAGAUGCUCGGCCUCACCGAGAAGCAGACCGCCGAUGCUGUCACACAAGCUUGGGUUGAUGGGCAAAGCUUGAGAACCUACCGACACUCUCCAAACACCAUGUCAAGAAAGUCAUGGGCUGCUGGUGAUGCUUGUCAGCGCGCUGUCAACCUCGUCCUCAAGGUCAUGAAGGGCGAGCCUGGUAUCCCUACUGUUUUGUCUGCUCCAGUCUGGGGUUUCUACGACGUUCUCUUCAAGGGCAAGCCUUUUGAGUUCCAGCGACCAUAUGGAAGCUACGUUAUGGAGAACGUUCUGUUCAAGGUCUCAUACCCAGCUGAAUUCCACUCCCAAACCGCCAUCGAAGCCUCAAAGAAGAUCCGUGAGCGUCUCGUUGCCAUGGGCAAGACCGCUGAGGAUAUCAAGGAAGUCACCUGCCGUACCCACGAAGCUUGCAUCCGCAUCAUCGACAAGCAGUUCAAGCCUAUGGACAACUUCGCUGACCGUGACCACUGCGUCCAAUACAUGUGCGCCGUCAUGCUCGUCUUCGGCCGUCUUGAGGCCACUGAUUACACCGAUGGUGGCGAGGCUGCUACUUCUCCUCUUGUCGAGUCUCUCCGCAAGAAGAUUAAGUGUGUUGAGGACCCUCAAUUCACCCUGGAUUACCACGAUGAGAACAAGCGCACUAUUCCAAACGCUUUGACUGUUACCUUGAACGAUGGAACUGUCUUGGAGGAAGUUGUCGUUGAGGCUCCUCUUGGCCACAGACUGAGAAGAGAGGAGGCCAAGCCAGAGAUUCUGGCCAAGUACAAGAGACACCUCGGCCCUCACUUCAGUGAGGCCAAGGUUAAGGAAUUGGUGGAGUUGGGCAAUGACGCGAAGAGAUUGGAGAGCAUGGCUGUUGAUGAGUACGUUGACCUGUAUGUCAACAAGGACAGCAAGUUUAACCAACCGUUGAACAUUACCAAAAUGCCUUCCUCCGACGGGCAACAAGCGGGCGUUGGUCAACAACAAGCCGAUACCCCAUCUGCCACUCCCAAAUCUCAAACCCCUGGUGAGCGCAUCGUCGCGCUUCUCAGAACCAUCGUAGGCAAGGACAAGGAUGCCUACAGCGCCGCCAAGAAGGAACUCGUCAAGACCCUCGAGGCCGAUAAGAUUAACAAGGAGAACAUGAAGAUGCAGGAUCAUGGUAUUCUCCUCGAGAAUUCCGUUGAGGUGGGCCUCAGGUCUGGUGAGAAAGUAGGAAAACCUAAGAUCAUUCUCGUGCAGAGAGGCAUCAUGAAUGGUUGCUGUGUCUCUUGA